UGCAGAUUAUUUCAUAUGAAUUAUACCAGGUUGCUGUUUGACCCGAUGGCCCAGGGAGAUGGUCUGAGCUGGAGCCGUAAGCUUCUCGGUAGCUCUACGGACAACGGAGAACCAGAGCUGGCAAAGGCAGCGAGGCUGAAAGGAUUCCCCUCUGCCAGCACAAUGGCUACAUCAACCCAAGUGUCUGGAUUGUCUCUUCCAUGCCUGCUGCUGAUUCUUCUCCUGGAAAUCCCUGGUGCCAGGGCCCAGACGUUCCAGCUGCUGCAGCCCCAGGACCCCGUGUGGGUGUCCGCGGGAGAGACUCUCACUCUGACCUGCUCUGUGACCGGCCUCGCUCCAGCAGGACCCGUGAAGUGGUUCAAGGGCUCGGGCGGGGGCCGGCAGCUCGUUUAUGCAGAGAGGGGAUCAUUCCCCCGGGUGACGCGGGCUGUGAGUGGCUCUGACACAGACUUCACCAUCUGCAUCAGUGACACCCGCCCCGAGGACGCCGGGACCUAUCACUGUGUGAAGUUUAAGAAGGGGUCGGCAGGCGAUGAGGAGAUCAGAUCCGGCGCUGGCACGGCCGUGUCUGUGAGCGGUAGGGGGCCGUUAGCCAGCCCCACUCUCUGGAUCGGGCUCUUCCUGAAGAAGGUGCUGAUUGCCACCUUCCUCCUUGUCUCCUUCCUCUCCACGAUGAGUAAAGGCCCCAGGGCUGUUUCCUGGUUUUCUUGCACCGUCGCCACCUGCCAACGUCUCUGUCUGCGCCUCCAUCCCCGCAGGCCAGGGAAUGAGUCCACAGAUGCACCUGCAGUGAGCCCUGCUGGUCGGGCAGAGGGAGCCCAGGCCUGAUGGGAUGUACCCACCAAACUCACCCACCUCCUGAUGGAGCAGCUGACGUGGAGUUCCUGACUUGGCUUCUGGCCACUCCGCCUGUCUCUCUGCGCUGUCUGCACUGACCUUCACUUCAGGGAGCAAGCUCAAAUAUGAGAAAUUUAAUUAUUGAUUUUA